CACGCCUAAAUGUUUUGGGAUCCAUCACUCCAUAAACAGUAAGAAAAAAUCUAUCUUAAGGCAGUACCCAUAAAUCGUGCAGCCGUGCCCUCGUGUCAUCCUCCUCUCAAGUGUCUCCAUAAAUUAUGAAAUUUAAACAAUAGAAGAGCAGUCCCUGGAAUCCGUAUAAUCGAUGGAUAAGAUACCUUGACUAGCGCCAAUCUGUGUGAUUUUGCAGAGAGGGGAAAAGAUGGCGGAGCAACAACCUCAAAUGUUUCAACUGAAAAAGGGCGAUCUGCAUUUGACAGUCACCAAUAUUGGUUGCACAAUCACCUCUUUAAAAGUUCCAGAUGCACAAGGCAAUUUGGCAGAUGUUGUGCUGGGUUUUGACACACUCACUCCUUACAUGGACGGUACAUCGAAAUACUUUGGCUGCAUUGUUGGGAGGGUAGCCAAUCGCAUCAAGGAUGGAGGUUUCACCCUGAAUGGAGAGCGUUACAGCUUACCAGUCAACAAUGGACCUAAUACACUACAUGGUGGGGAAAAGGGUUUUGACAAGGUUGUAUGGAAAGUGGAGGAGCAGAAGGAUGGAGAAACCCCAUCUAUCAAAUUUAGUUACCAUAGUCACGAUGGAGAACAAGGCUUUCCUGGUGAUCUUGAUGUGACUGCAACCUACACUCUGAAUGGAAAAAUGGAAUUGCGACUUGAUAUGGAAGCCAUACCAAGAAAUAAACCAACUCCUGUGAGUUUAGCUCAGCACACAUAUUGGAAUUUGGCAGGUCACAACAGUGGAGAUAUACUUGGUCAUUCAGUACAGCUUUGGGGUUCACAUGUAACUCCAGUGGAUGACAAGUUGAUUCCCACUGGAGAGCUUCUUCCUGUGGAAGGAACACCCUUUGAUUUUAGAAUUGCAAAGAUUAUUGGAAGUACAAUUGAUCAAGUUCCUGGAGGAUAUGAUCAUAAUUAUGUUCUUGAUUGUGGUGAAACCAAUGAUGGUCUGAAGCAUGCUGUCAAAGUUAAGGAUCCUUCCAGUUCUCGGGUUCUUGAUUUGUGGACCAAUGCACCUGGUAUGCAGUUCUACACGGGGAACUUUGUCAAUGGUAUUACUGGUAAGGGAGGUGCUGUCUACAAUAAGCAUGCAGGAUUGUGCUUGGAAACUCAAGGAUUUCCUAAUGCUGUCAACCAACUGAAUUUCCCAUCUAUUAUUGUCUCUCCAGGGGAAGUUUACAAGCAUUCUAUGGUAUAUAAGUUCUCUGUGGAUAACUAGAUGGCCUACAUAAUCAAGUAAUACUCUAAUUAGUUUAGUCUGCAAAGGGAAUAAGUUUGUAACAGCAUUUAUGGUUUGCACAGAAGGAUGAUCAUUCUGUUAUCAGAUUUGGUAAUAUCACUUGUGCUUUACAUCUGAUUAAUAAAAAGUGUUGUUUUUUGA